GAUGGGCUGGAUUUGACAGCGCCGAUCCUAAGCAGCUUCUGAUGGGGGGGCCCGGCGGAGGGGAGGGGAGGGGGAGUGGGUAGGGGGUGGGAAUCGAUGGGUCCCAGCCUCUUCAUCACAGCGCAAGCCGAGCCGCCCGCCGGGCGCUCCCGGGCAGCUCUUUAACGCGCGCCUCCAGGAGGAAAGUGGCACUGCCCGCCCGAGGGGCCUCCUUGAGCGCCAGCGAAACGUCCCGCGGCAGGAGAGGGCUCAGGGACACUGGCAGGCAGGCGCAGGGGGACUAGCGGCGGAACACAACAAAGCAGAGGAGCGCGAGGUGCCCGGGCUGCGGUGCGCGCGUGGCCCAGGCUACCUCCGCGCUCUGGACAUGGCAAGUUUGGCAACUCCCGGCUCUGCAGCGGGCGCCUUGCUGCCUCCGAAGUGAAGGCGCUGCAGGGUCAACCCCUGCGGGCGCAGCGCCCACACCGCCCUCAGCCCGCAGCAGCAUGCUCCACCGAAGGCCAGGGAGAAGUUGGCAGUGGCCCGACUACAGCGAGAAGUUGCCCAAAGAACAAGUGAGGGGGCCAUGCAUGAGAAGCUGAUACAUGAACUGGAAGAGGAGAGACACUUACGUCUUCAAAGCGAGAAGCGGUUGCAGGAGGUGACCCUAGAGUCUGAGCGUAACAGAAUUCAGAUGCGUGGCUUGCAGCAGCAGUUCUCCAGGAUGGAAGAAACAGUACGAAAUCUAUUGCAGAGUCAAGGAUCUCCAGAGCAGAAAAAAGAAGAAACUGUUAAUAUAAUGGUCUAUCAGGAAAAGCUGUCAGAGGAAGAGAGAAAACAUAAGGAAGCUGUGGAAGAUCUUCACAUGGUGGUUAAUGAGGAUACGAGGAGUGAAAGCAGCAGUACAGAUGAGGGAAAAGAAAAGACCAAAUUGCUAUUAGAGAGAUUGAAAGCUCUAGAGGCAGAGAAUUCAGCGUUGGCUUUAGAGAAUGAAAAUCAAAGGGAACAAUAUGAGCGAUGUCUUGAUGAGGUAGCCAACCAAGUUGUUCAAGCUCUGCUGACUCAAAAGGAUCUAAGAGAGGAAUGUGUGAAGUUGAAAACAAGAGUGUUUGAUUUGGAACAGCAGAAUCGAACGCUAAGCAUCCUAUUCCAGCAGCGAGUCAGACCCACUUCUGAUCUGCUCCUCCAGACAGGAGGCAGGACGAGAUUGCAGCUCCAGACAAGGCAGCAUGCAGAGGUUCGCAUUAUGAAUUUUAGCUCCAGAUCAACUGCAAGAACAAACCAGCAAUCCCAAGAGGACUCACAGACCCUGCAAAGAAAGCGACUGCUCCUGCAGGAACCAGGAGAUGCCCCAAAUACUAAACUUCACUCACGCCUCUUGGAUCUUUCAUCCGGAGAUUUGCUUUCAGAGGUGGAAAGAAGCCGAAGUCUUACACAGUCACGAACUGAUGCUGAGCUGCACGAACACCAACUAAAUACAAAAUCGGCCUUGAAAUGCCCUGGCUUGGGGGCUGUCAUCCCUGGUCAUCUCUGUCCUCGAAACAGCUACAGCAGCAGCAGUGAACUCUCUCUUUCAAGCACCUGUAGCGAGUACUCCAGUGGCUCCUCCUACACGUGGCACGAUGGGAAGAACCUCAGGAAAAGGCAAUCAUCACAAAACUGGGAUAAAAGGCUAAGUAUUGAUUCUUCGCUCCCAAGUGGCUUUGCUAGUCCUACAAAUGAACUACCUCCAACUCGUAUCAAGGAAAGCCACAUUUUGGAAGGGCUAAGAAAGCUACAGAAGCGAAAAGUGUUACUUGAACCCCCAUCGGUGAUAACCAAAUGGGGUUAUAAAGAUUGCAUGAACUCGAAUGAAGGAAUAUAUUCUCCUGGAAUUAAAAGUAGCAGCCUCAAGGAGUAUCCCCCCUGCAAAACAGCUGACCUGGGGAGCCCCUGCAAGGAACCCCACAAGACAUUUGUUUAUGACCUAGAUUCCCACGAUGAUGCGGACGAUGACUCCUCCACCUUAGCAUUGCUCCAAGCAGUUCCAAACCAGAGCUGCAGGCCACAUGGCAGUAAAUUAACCCACAGUGUUUCUGACAGUCUGUUUGGCUGGGAGACAAACAGAAAACACUUUCUGGAAGGCACAUCCUCAGUUUAUCCCAGGGAAAGACCUGAAAAGCUGACAAGUUGUGCCAGCAGCUGUCCCUUAGAGAUGAAGCUGUGCCCAAGUGUGCAGACGCCUCAGGUACAGAGGGAGAGGGGCCCACAUGGCCAAGGCCAUGGCCGCAUGGCUCUCAACCUCCAGCUUUCAGACACUGAUGACAAUGAAACGCUCGAUGAGCUGCACAUAGAGAGCAGUGAUGAGAAAAGUCCUUCAGAUGUGUCAUUGGCUGCCGACACCGAUAAGUCCGUGGAGAACCUGGAUGUCUUUGUGGGGUUUGGAAAAUCUCUAUGUGGGUCUCCUGAUGAGGAGGAAAAACAAGUGCCCAUCCCUUCAGAGACUAGGCCAAAGACGUUUAGUUUCAUUAAGCAGCAAAGAGUUGUAAAAAGGACUUCUUCAGAAGAAUGUGUGACUGUGAUAUUUGAUGCGGAAGAUGGUGAGCCCAUUGAAUUCAGCUCUCACCAAACUGGAGUUGUCACUGUUACCAGAAAUGAAAUUUCCAUCAAUUCAGCUCCUACUGGACCCAAGACAGAACAUACUGAACUUUUACCUCAGGGAAUUGCUUGUUUACAGCCACGAGCUGCUGCAAGAGACUAUACUUUCUUUAAAAGGUCUGAAGAGGACACUGAGAAAAACAUUCCAAAAGGUAAUGUAGAUAAUGUUCCCAGGGUGUCCACUGAAUCUUUCAGCUCCAGGACGGUGACACAAAAUCCUCAGCAGCAAAAGCUGGUCAAACCAACACACGCUAUAUCAUGCCAGAGUAAUUCCAGGUCUUCGGCGCCCAUGGGCAUCUAUCAAAAGCAAAAUCUGACAAAAAUACCUGCCAGGGGCAAGUCUUCACCUCAGAAAUCAAAACUAAUGGAGCCCAAAGCCUCCACACUACUCCCUUCAUCUGGCCUGGUGACUCUUGAAAAAUCACCAGCCUUAGCUCCUGGGAAACUCUCACGAUUCACGAAGACUGAGAGCUCAGGGCCCCUCUUUGAAUUACGACCAGAUCCACACAUUCCAAAACAUCCCGCCCAACUUCUGCACAGCUCCAGGAUGCCCAGCAGGAGGGACUGGGUCCAGUGCCCCAAGAAUCAGACUCCAGGGUCACGGUCAAGGCCUGCCAUUGAGUCUAGUGACAGUGGAGAGCCCCCCACGAGGGAUGAACACUGUGGCUCUGGGCCAGAGGCAGGAGCGAAAUCCCCUUCCCCUCCGCCCCCUCCAGGUAGGUCCAUCUCCCUGCUGGCCAGGACCAGCUAUGACUAUUCACCAGCACCUUCAUCCACCAAGUCCGAAACCAGGGUCCCCAGUGAAACAGCAAGGACCCCAUUCAAAUCGCCGCUGCUGAAGGGAACCUCUGCUCCAGUUAUUUAUUCUAAUCCGGCCAUGACAGAAGUGCAGAGGAAGAAAUCUUCCGUGGCCUUCAAAAAGCCUAUCUUCACUCACCCUAUGCCCUCCCCAGAAGCAGUCAUUCAAACCCGAUGCUCUGCUCAUGCCCCUUCCAGCUCCUUCACUGUAAUGGCUCUGGGGCCUCCAAAAGUCUCUCCAAAGAGAGGUGUCCCUAAAACCUCUCCUCGCCAAACACUUGGGACCCCACAAAUGGACACAGGAUUACAGACUCCCAGGAUUUCUCCUUCAACCCAUGAGCCACUGGAAAUGACAUCCUCCAAAAGUGUAUCUCCAGGGAGAAAAGGACAAUUGAAUGAUAGCGCCUCCACACCCCCCAAGCGUUCCUUCUUAGGGGUGAACGAGUCACCAUCAUCUCAGGUCAGCAGUUCCUCAUCGUCCUCAUCACCCUCCAAAAGCCAUAACAGCCCUCAUGGUUGUCAAAGUGCUCAUGAGAAAGGACUGAAAACUCGCCUUCCGGUGGGACUCAAAGUGCUCAUGAAGUCUCCCCAGCUGCUCAGGAAAAGUUCCACCGUGCCAGGGAAACAUGAAAAAGACAGUUUAAAUGAAGCCUCCAAAAGUUCCGUGGCUGUGAACAAGUCUAAGCCAGAGGACUCCAAGAAUCCAGCAAGCAUGGACAUCACAGCGGGUGAAAGAAAUGUGACCAUAUCGGAUUCACAAGCACAGGACAGUUUAGCUGAUGGGCUUCCCCUGGAAACAGCACUACAAGAGUCAUUGGAAAGUAGCAUCCCUGGGAGUGAUGGAAGGGAUGGGGUAGAUAAUAGAUCCAUGAAAAGAUCCCUUUCCUCCAGCAAACCACACCUAAAACCAGCUCUGGGCAUGAAUGGCGCCAAAGCCCGCAGCCAGAGCUUCAGUACGCACUCAGGAGACAAGCCUUCCACGCCCCCCAUGGAAGGGCCAGGCAAAGUCCGAACUCAGAUCAUUACCAAUACUGCCGAGAGAGGCAAUUCUCUUACCCGGCAGAACUCUUCCACGGAAAGCUCUCCCAACAAGGCCCCUUCUGCUCCCGUGUUGGAGAGUCUCCCCAGUGCUGGGAGGCCCUUGGGGCACCCCUCCUCCAGGCAGGGCUCCCUGGGGAUCUCAGGCAGCUUCAGCAGUCAGCAUGGGAGCCCAAGUAAGUUGCCUUUGAGGAUCCCUCCAAAGUCUGAGGGACUCCUCAUCCCACCUGGAAAGGAAGACCAGCAGGCCUUCACCCCGGGAGAGUGCCCCAAUGCCAAUGUGGCUAUACUUGCGGAAGCAGGCAGUGACUGCCACAGGUGCCCACCCACCCCAACAGACUGCCCUGAAGCCCCGCAGAGCCCAGGGAGGACUCAGUAUCCAAGCACUUUUGAAACAAGCAGUACAUCCAAGUUAGAAACUUCUGGAAGGCAUCCAGAUGCCUCUGCAACUGCGACUGAUGCUGUGAGUUCAGAAGCCCCCCUCUCACCCACAAUCGAAGAAAAGGUCAUGUUGUGCAUUCAGGAAAAUGUGGAAAAGGGCCAAGUGCAAACAAAGCCCACCUCUGUGGAAGCAAAGCAGAAGCCUGGGCCUUCUUUUGCCAGCUGGUUUGGUUUUCGGAGGAGUAGACUUCCAGCUCUGAGUAGCAGGAAAAUGGACAUCUCCAAAACCAAAGUAGAAAAGAAAGAUGCAAAAGUCUUGGGGUUUGGAAACAGACAACUAAAAUCAGAAAGAAAAAAAGAGAAAAAGAAGCCUGAACUACAGUGUGAGACAGAAAAUGAGCUUAUCAAGGACACCAACUCAGCAGAUAAUCCAGAUGGCGGUUUACAAAGCAAAAAUAAUCGGAGAACACCACAAGACAUUUACAACCAACUGAAGAUUGAACCAAGGAAUAGACACAGCACUGUUGCAUGUUCAAUGAAAGACACCUUCAUGACGGAACUCUUGAACAGAGUUGAUAAGAAAGCUGCUCCACAGACAGAAAGUGGAUCAAGUAAUGCUUCCUGCAGGAAUGUGUUAAAGGGCAGUUCUCAGGGCUCCUGUCUCAUCGGCAGCUCUAUCAGCAUUCAAGGGAACCACAAGAAAAUCAUGAAAAUCAAAGCCGAUAUGGAAGUACCGAAAGACUCCCUGGUGAAAGAGGCAAAUGAAAAUUUGCAAGAGGAUGAAGACGAUGCAGUUGCAGAUUCUGUAUUUCAGAGCCACAUCAUAGAAUCCAACUGCCAGAUGAGAACAUUGGACAGUGGGAUCGGAACCUUCCCACUCCCAGACUCGGGAAAUCGCUCGACAGGACGGUACCUAUGCCAGCCAGACUCCCCAGAGGAUGCUGAGCCUCUCCUGCCUCUCCAGUCAGCCCUUUCUGCAGUUUCUUCCAUGAGAGCCCAAACCCUUGAACGUGAAGUGCCUUCCUCCACAGACGGCCAGCGCCCUGCAGAUAGCGCCAUUGUUCAUUCCACAUCCGACCCCAUCAUGACCGCCAGAGGGAUGCGGCCUCUUCAAAGCCGCCUCCCCAAACCAGCUUCCUCAGGAAAAGUCAGUUCCCAAAAGCAGAAUGAAGCAGAGCCAAGGCCUCAGACAUGCUCAUCAUUCGGAUAUGCUGAAGACCCAGUGGCAAGCCAGCCGCUUCCAGACUGGAGGGGUGAAGAUGCCGCCACCGGGACCCAGAAAUUGAAACAACUUGAAGAAACAAAAGACGAUCCCGAGAAUAGAUUAUCGAAAAUUUCCCUGGAGUCAUUCAAUAAAUUUAACAGCAAUACUGUGAUUUUAUUAGAAAAAGAGAAGAACUCUCUGAACAAGGUUGAAGGACAGAAGGAAGAAAAAGAAAAAAAUGAAGAGACAUCUUUGAGUAGUUCAGAUAGGCCUGGGGUAGACAACUUGGAAUCUUUGAGUGAUUCUUUAUAUGAUAGCUUCUCUUCCUGUGCCAGUCAAGGUUCAAAUGAUGUAUAAAGGACAUCUCUUCCCUUAGUGAGCUGGGACUGGAGCGCUUAAGAAAUGACGGGUGGGGGCGGGGGGUGCAUCGCUCGAUAGAGAUGACAAUAAUAAACUAUUGCAGUACCAGAGCCUUCAUUGUCCAGUUCACAGCAGGCAACCCACCAGAGCUUAUUUCUCUGACAGGGCAAUAAAGAUAGACUCCAUUUAUUGUGUUUCAAGAGGAUUACGCAUAAACACCCCUAUGAUACAGAAUCCUUAAUUUUGCACUUUUUUUGAAUAUUUGUACAGAAGUUGUAAAUUUUUUGGAAGAGAAUUUAUAUUUGUAGCAAAAAAAGACAGCAAUAAAUGGAAUCAGUGCCAUGCUCUUGAAAUAAUGUACUAAGUCUUAGAAGUUGACAAUAAUAUAUAUUUUUUAAAAUCCCAACUGAAGUUUUUGUGAAGUUCAUUGUCCUGGUCCUCAAAUUGUUUGUGGGUACACUCUGUAAACCUACAACAGGGCCUGCCAAAAAAUCAGAGGGUUCCUCCUCAUCUCCAGCUCACAGAUCUCAAUUUGCUAGAAAUGUUCAUUUUAGUGUGAUUUCAGAUUCGUUGCCAGAGAUUCAGGUGAUAGUAAUAAGUGUCAUUCUGCUUCUGCUGAAAAAUGAAAAGGGUCCUGAAGUGUGGACACUGAUUGGGAGUGUGACAUUGUAUCAGAAACGACCGAAUUCUAUUUCCAAUACCAGUUUUUCCUUCCAGACAGUUCUUUAGACUGUCUUCUACUUAGUGCUUCUCUAUGAUCCUAUUAUUUGAUUUCUAUCUUCUUGCUCUUUUUAUUAAAAUCUGGGCACUCUAAAAAUGAAAACAAAUUUCUAUUUGCAAUGUUCACUUUUAAAAAUAAAAUUAAUGGUGCUACGAAGAAUUCUUUUUAAUAUCUUUUUUUCUACAAAGACUGUUUAUAUGUAAGGAUAAAUUCUAUUUUAAAGGUUAUGUGUAUUUUUUCUAGAUGUGAACUAUUUAUAAUUGCUUAUGUACAGGAGCUUGUAAACUAGGCACAAUAGAAAUAUUUUUAGGAUCUAUAUGGCUACUUUAGCACAUAAUUGUUUCUUUAAAGAGUAUUGUAUGAUCAGUGUUAUUUGGUUAAUUUGUGCAAUUUGUUUUAUUUUAUCUUAAAUGAAAAUUAUGUAAAAUGUCCUUGUCUUUCAGACUUUAAAAAAUCUUUUUGUUUCCUUUCUGAAUAAAAGUUAUAUCACAAUUGCA